AUGCAUUCUCCUAAGGAAGAGGCACAUCUGCCAUUGGAUGCGAAAAAGUCCAAUGAGAUGGUGACUCUUACUCCUUCGGUAGGAGAGUGUGCCACUGAGACCCUGCGCAACGGAGCUGUCCGUCCAGAAAUCCUGAACGGCCUUUCCGAAGAGGAGCUCAAGCUCAUGGAGAAAAAGCUUGUUCGAAAAGUUGAUGCACGCAUGUUGCCAACUCUCAUCUUAGUCUAUAUCCUGAACUAUCUUGACAGGAACGCAAUAGGGUCUGCCAGACUGGGUGGGUUAGAAGCAGAUCUGAAAUUGAAGGCAAAUGAAUUCCAGACUUGCGUGUCAGUCUUGUUUGUUGGAUACAUCCUGAUGCAGGUACCCUCAAACAUGCUUUUGAAUAAAAUCGGACGUCCCGGCAUUUACUUGUCGGUCUGUAUGAUGGUCUGGGGAGUUUUAUGUGCUUGCAGCGGUGCAACUCACAAUUUCGGCGGCCUCUUGACGACGAGAUUCCUCCUAGGAUUUGUGGAAGCAGCAUUUUAUCCAGGCUGCUUGGCAAUGUUAAGCGCUUGGUAUCCACGUAAGGAACUCGGAGUGCGUACUGGCUUGUUCUAUAGCGGCUCGAUGUUGUCAGGCGCAUUUUCCGGCCUGAUAGCAGCUGGAAUCACACAGAACAUGGAUGGUGUGGGAGGGUUACUCUCCUGGAGAUGGCUAUUCAUAAUUGAAGGCAGCAUAACUGUUGUUGUCGCUAUGUUCACUUGCUUCAUUCUACCGGACUUCCCAGCAAAUACCAAGUGGCUGAGCGACCAGGAGCGGGCACUUGCUGUAUGGCGUCUGCAAAUUGAUGCUGCUGGCGAAGAUGACUGGACUUCUUCUUCUGAUCAAUCCAUGUUUGAAGGGUUCAAAAUGUUGGUCCGGGACCCGAAGAACUGGAUUCUAACCGUCGUCGUCUUUGGCGCCGCCUCGGCCAUCGCAAUCAACAGUUUCUUCCCCACUGUUGUCGCCAGCUUCGGCAAAGAUAGGAACACAACUCUCCUCCUAACAUCCCCUCCCUAUCUUUUAGCAUGCAUUGUCUGCUUGGCAGUAUCUUGGAACGCGGACAGGACCGGCGAGCGUUUCUGGCAUACUGUAGGACCCCUUCUCUGUUCACUGGCAGGUUUUAUUAUCUCAUGUGCUGCCGAAGGCAUUGGCCCCCGGUACUUCGGCGCCAUGAUCAUGCUGCCAGGCAUCUAUACUGGGUUCAAUAUGAGCAUGUUAUGGACAGCUAACACAAUCCACCGACCUGCUGCCAAGCGCGCUGCUGCAGUUGCAUUCAACAACUCCAUUGGGACAAUAUGCAGCAUCUAUGGCUCUUACCUUUAUCCCAACAAUUCAGCGCCAAGGUUCAUUCUUGCGUUCUGUGUGAAUGGCGCCAUGGCUGUUCUCGCUAUCUGUGCUAGCAUAGUACUUAAGAUUGUCUUGAAGCGCGAGAAUCGGAAGCUCGAACUAAGAGAGCAGGAGUUGGAAACAGCCGGUCAACACCGUGGCUCAGGAAACGGGUUCAGGUACCUCGUGUGA